UGACCGCGUGUAGUACCGUACUAUUUAACGUUGAAGCCCGUGGAUUUCAAGUAAAGGGGAUCGAAAUCGCGCUCCUCGAAAGUCGAUAAAGUGAAAAGUAACGCGAAUGCAGUUCAUCUCGCGUAACUUGUAUUUUCUUUGCCACGGAGCCAGGAAAGCUGCAUACAAGCAUAAGUCGAUUAAUAACCAGUCACUUCGAACAUUCACUGUCACCGCGAGGUUAGCCGAUUUCAGUAAGUGGGGUACGAAGAAAAAGUAUCGGCAAUUGAAAAUACAAAUUAUACAAGAAAUGUCAGACCCAAAGGCCGAAGAAAUUUUAUCUCCACUGCGAGCUAGUGUUAAAGAACAAGGUGAUUAUGUUCGUCAACUUAAAUCUGAUGGAGCUCCAGAGUUGGAUAUCAAGAAAGCAGUUGCCGAGCUCAAACUUAGGAAAAAAUUGCUGGAAGACAAAGAGUUGUCCCUUUCAGAAGCAGUAUCAUUUGAUAGGGCAAGAAUGGAAGAUCUUUUAAAACGCAGAUUUUUCUUUGAUCAAUCCUUUGCUAUUUACGGAGGAAUUACUGGUCAAUUCGACUUUGGACCUAUGGGUUGUGCAUUGAAAACAAAUUUAUUGAACGCAUGGAGAAAUUUCUUUGUAUUAGAAGAACAGAUGUUAGAAGUAGAUUGUUCUAUUUUAACACCAGAGCCUGUACUUAAAGCAUCUGGACAUGUGGAAAGAUUUGCAGACUUGAUGGUAAAAGAUAUAAAAACAGGAGAAUGUUUCAGAUUGGACCAUUUGAUUAAAUCACAUUUAGAAAAAGUGAUUAGCGAUAAGAAAACAGAUGAGAACACACGUGCAGAAUGUAAGGAUAUUAUUAUCAGAUUGGAUGGAAUGACCAAGGAUGAAAUGGCUAAUGUCUUAUCCAAAUUCAAUAUAAAAUCGCCAAUUUCUGGAAAUGAUUUAACGGAACCAAUAGAAUUUAAUUUAAUGUUUGGAACUCAAAUUGGUCCUUCUGGUCUUGUUAAAGGAUUUUUGAGACCAGAAACUGCUCAGGGCAUUUUUGUCAAUUUCAAACGAUUACUUGCAUUUAAUCAAGAAAAGCUGCCCUUUGCAGCAGCUCAGAUUGGAAAUGCGUUCCGUAAUGAAAUAUCUCCAAGGUCUGGGUUAAUACGAGUAAGAGAAUUUACAAUGGCAGAAAUAGAGCAUUUUUGUGACCCAAACGAUAAGAACCAUCCUAAAUUUGAAACAGUUAAAGAUUUGAGUCUGCUGCUAUAUUCUGCUUGCAAUCAGAUGGAUGGCAAGAGCGCACAGUAUGUAACUCUGGGUGAUGCUGUGAUGACAAAACUUAUAGCUAACGAAACAUUAGGAUACUUUAUGGGUAGAAUUUAUCUAUUUCUAAUUAAAGUUGGAGUCGAUCCUAAAAGAUUACGUUUCCGUCAACACAUGGGAAAUGAAAUGGCGCAUUAUGCGUGUGAUUGUUGGGAUGCUGAAUGUCUAACUUCUUACGGCUGGAUUGAAUGCGUUGGCUGUGCUGAUCGUUCAGCUUAUGACCUUACGCAGCAUACAAAGGCUACCGGAGUAAAAUUGGUAGCAGAGAAAAGAUUACCAGCACCAAAAAAUGUUGACGUGUGCGAAAUAGUACCAAAUAAAGUUGUCAUUGGGAAAACAUUUAAGAAAGAUAGUAAACUAGUUCAAGACGCUUUGGCAGCUUUGAGUGAAAGUAAUAUUAAUGCUAUCGAAACUGAACUAAAUGAGAAAGGAGAAGUCGAUUUAAAACUAUCAAACGAUAGUGCAGUCAAAAUUACAAAAGAUAUGAUCCAAGUAAAACGAUAUCAAAAGAACGUACACGUGGAAGAGAUAAUUCCCUCUGUAAUUGAACCAUCCUUUGGUAUAGGUCGUAUUAUGUAUGCUAUCUUUGAACAUAAUUUUAAAGCAAGAGAAGGAGACGAAAAACGAACUUAUAUCAGUCUGCCACCAGUUGUGGCUCCUUUAAAAUGUUCAGUAUUACCACUUAGCGGUAAUGAUGAAUUUGUACCAUUCAUAAAACAAUUGUCUCAGAAUCUCACGAAAGUAGAUGUCUCGCAUAAAAUAGAUGAUUCUUCUGGUAGUAUUGGUCGCAGGUACGCACGGACAGAUGAAAUUGCAAUACCAUUUGGUAUCACCAUAGAUUUUGAUACAUUGAAAAUGCCUCACACUGCUACACUUCGGGAACGCGAUAGCAUGGGCCAAGUUCGAAUAAAUUUGGAUGAAAUUCCAUAUGUAGUGAGAGAUUUGUCUAAUGGCAAACUUACGUGGUCUGAGGUAGAAGAGAAAUAUCCGAAAUUUGAACAUCAAGAAUGAACAGAAGCAUAAUACUAUAUUUAUUAACUUAAAGAAAUAAUUUAUUUGCAUCGAUUAAUAUAAAUGAAUUUCUAAAAUAUUUUGUAUUAGCAUGAAAUGCAUUUUUUAAAGCAUUUAUUAUUGUAUGUAAGUUUGCAUAAACGAUGACCAUACGAAUAUUAAUGAAAAUAAAGUUCUGUUGUUUGUAAUUA